CUAUGUCUUUUCAGUUCAAUUUCUAGGAGCAAAGUCAUCCUUCUUUCUCACUUUUCAAUUUCACUUUGUUUUUAAAUUGUCAAGUAAAGCUCCUUUUGCCUUUCAGACAUUGAUGAAAUGUAUUUAAGUGUGCAUGCUUAUUGUUGAACUUUACUUAGUAUUUCAAAUAUUCCAUACAAUUUCUUUGUAGAAACGAUUACAAAAAGAACUGUUGGCAUUUCAAAAUGAUCCACCUCCGGGAAUGACUCUAGAUGAAAAGAGUGUACAAAAUUCAAUUACACAGUGGAUUGUAGACAUGGAAGGUGCUCCAGGAACACUCUAUGAAGGGGAAAAAUUUCAGCUUUUAUUUAAGUUUAGUAGUCGGUAUCCUUUUGAUUCGCCUCAGGUCAUGUUUACUGGAGACAAUAUCCCUGUUCAUCCUCAUGUUUAUAGCAAUGGUCAUAUCUGUUUAUCCAUUCUAACGGAAGACUGGUCUCCAGCCCUCUCAGUGCAAUCUGUUUGUCUUAGCAUUAUUAGCAUGCUUUCCAGCUGCAAAGAAAAGAGGCGACCUCCAGAUAACUCAUUUUAUGUAAGAACAUGUAACAAGAAUCCAAAGAAAACGAAAUGGUGGUAUCAUGAUGACACAUGUUGAUGCCACCAUUUUGUGAUCCUCGUAGCAGAAGAUAGUCCUACUGAGAAAAUGAGCACUUUGAUCAUUCAGUCUUUGAACUUUAACCUUUGACUGGAAGUGACCUAUAGGCAAUGAAGACUACUUCCUUUGACUGCAUUUUUACUAGUGUGCAUUCUGGGCGCAUGUUGAUCGCUGGUUCAGUCCAUGCAACUGACAUGCUUUUAUUAGUCAUACAGUAUUAAUGCAGGUGUCCAGAAAUGUCAGAAUAAUUCCAUUAUUUUUAUUUUAAGCUUUUGGAAGAAUUCCAGGUCUUCAUAUAUUGUGCAAUAACACUGAGCUCCUUGGCGGUUUUGGUGCAUCCAUUGCCGGCAAUGGACAUUGUACCAGGGAAAGGUUUUGCUCCUGCCACAAAAAAGAUUGACAUGUGACUGAGCUUAUGAAAGUUUUGGAUAUAUUCGGAAUAUAAGCAAGGGAUUGACAAUUACCUGAAAUCCAGCCCAUUCUUUUAUAUUUGGAUUCUAUGCACUGUGACCACAAAACUAGCAGCAUGAGUUAACAUGCCUACCUGAAGGACUGUAAUAAGAUCAUUACGUAUUUAUUAAAUUGUUUAUCUGCUGUCAAAUUGUUUUGACAUGGGCGGUUUUUCAAGUGACAUUGGCAGAGAGGUACAAUGUUAUCCCUAUGGUGAAAUAAAACUACUUUUUGUAUAUAGUUAUUCAUAUCUCUGAAGCAAAGGUAUGAGUAAUUUAGGGUAUGAGUGAUUUAAACAAGAAUUUAUUUUGGAGAUAGAGGAUGGCAGUGAUAUAACUGAACUUGCUGCAGUCCGUAAUUGGGCUUGUAAUUUGUAUUUAGAGCUUUUUCCAAAUAGAUUGCACACUGUUAUUUCCUGCUAGCCAUCAGCAUGAGCCCUACUGCCUACACCAAUAUUUCAUUUAUUUAUGUGUUCGAAAGCAAUCCAUAUAACAUUUUUUGUUUGCAUUCACUGUUUCUUUUGUGUUGUAUGUCAUGUUUGAAUGUUACAAAACAAUAUUUUGAUUGAAAAGCUUUGUCAGAAGAUAUUUUCAUGUAAAUUAUUUCUUUAUCUUGUAAGCAUCAUCUUGUCUUUUAAUCCUGUAUUAUAAAAAGAAAAAAAAUACAUUUUUGACAGAGGCUUAAAGUUUUCACAAAAAAAGUGUGGACCUUCUUAUUUAAGUUUAGACUAAAGUAUAUUUUCUUAACUUGUUUGUCCCACGUAGCCAUGCCAAUUUUUCCAGGCUUUUCUUCACCAAAAAAAGGGGGAAAAGCCUAAAAUCAGACAUUUUUCUCUGGAGCAACAUUUACUGAAAUGACAGUUGUUCUCAGCACUCUGUAAUAUUUUGAUACUGCAAUUAGGUUGUCUUUUUAGGAAGCACUUUUAUAAACUAAAUACCUUUACACAUAUGCAAAAUUUCUAUAAUUUUUUUUACUGUUGCCUUAUUGUUGCACUCAAAAAAAUUUCAAGCAAUUAAUGCAUGAAUGUCUAAAUGAAGUGAUAGCUUGAUGUAAAAACAAACAAAAGCAAAAAAAAAAUCCCUAAACCAAAUCCACAAUGACUAACUACAAUAAAAACCAGAAAAUUGGCUGAAAAGACUGAUUUUUAUUUUUUUUUGAAUCUGCUGUAUGAUAACUAAUGUUUUAUAGCCUUGUACAUACUUCUCUGUUACCUAUUGUUUAAAACACUUUAAAAAAAGUAUAGAUGCUUAACUCAGGGUGGAUAGAGUUUAGAUGGAUUUGCUUCAGAGAAGUAUUUUGUACAGCAUCAGAACUGUAGAUACUGGCAGUAAAGUGAGGCUAUAAUAUACUUCAGGAACUGCUUUUUUUUCCUACUGUACUGAAAAUAUCUCUUGGCCUUUAAAACUCAAUGGUAAAAAUCUAGCUUUGGAUAUAAAUUUGAUGUGUGUAUAUAUUUUCACAAUGAGCCUUGGAAACAGGGAAUUAAUUUUCUUUAAAGAGCCAAAAAAAGGUAGUUUUAAACAAAAGAAAUACUUAUGCUCUAAACUUUCUGUUUAGCAAAAUUUUAUUGUUGUGCGAUCAUCAAACUGGCUAGUUUUGGAAAUGGUUCAUAUGAACGAGCAGUAAUCUGACACUGCUCUGUAUGAAUUGAAACAGUUGAGAAAUUAAUGUAUGAGUGGUUCAUAUAGUAGAUCCUAUCAAAAUAGUCCACAGGAAAGGGACCUUAAUGUGACCAGGUAAUGUCUGAAGAAAUGGCUUAAGUACGUCUCAAAUUCAGUUCCCUUUUCAUGUAGUGGCUUGGGAAACAACAAUACGUGGUUUCAGAGAAGCUUCAUGACAUACCAUAUGUAUUUUGUUGAAGAUGGGUGUUGUAGUACAAAGCAUUGUGCAUUUUAUUGACCUGUGCUGUCACAUGGACUAUAGUGAAGUUAAAUAACCAAAUUUAUGCUGCUCUUUAAUAAACCCCACCCCCUAUAAUAUAUCUUUAUUUAGAUCCAGAAAAUGCAAGGUAGAUUAGAAGAGAAUGUACCUCAGGUCUUAUAGUUUACAGUAGAAAUGCCUCAUUGGUUCUCUUGUAGAUCUGUGGGUAAGCUCACCUAUAUAGAGAGGGCCAAGACAAAGCUUAUAUACCACUCAAGCACUCAAGAUAAUGCAACUAUUCUGACAAUGCUAUGAUGUCCUGAAAAAGGGCUUGAAUUAGAUGGAGGUGGUGCCAUCCUUUCCCAAGGGUGACCCUGUGUAUGUAACUUUCUUUCACUUGGAAUUUCUCACAUGGAAUAGUUACAGAAUUGGCUUGAAACUAUCUUGCUUUUAUUUUGUGUCGAUAUUCAUGUUGUUAAACACUUUGUUUUGUGUUUAGUGUCUUUAUACUAUAACACAAUAAAUUCUUGUUCUAAAAUA